AUGGCCAUUUCUUACACACAGCAAAGGACAAAUGUCCCAGCCCCGGUAGCCCAACUAUCAUCUCUAGGUGGCCGCUCCCAUCAGCAACCAUAUGCUGUUGGAGGCGUACCACCAUCCUCUGAUCUACUUCUUCGAUUAUGGUCUGUGAUCCAACGCUUGGAAGACGAGGUUGAUGUUGAGCGUGAGAGGAAUCGUACUCUUACUACUCAAGUAGAUAGCCUGGCAGAUCGUCUUGCUGCCUCCAACACUCUCUUGGCCACCCUUAGUGGUAUGUCUACUACUAACAUGCCAUCUACUUUACCUACAGUAUCAGCAUCAUCAUUCAUAACAGACUCUAAUGUACCUGUUGUUGCUGCUCCUAUGGAGGGUCCGUCCAAGCCCAGCUAUCGUUCGGUCGUCACUGGUGGUUCAAAUCAGCAGCAGCCUUCGGCAUCCCCUACGAUUACCGAGACUACCUUCCCUGACCAUGGUGUGCCCUUGUGGCAUGUAUUGAGAUCAUUGAGUAACAUUGAUGAGAAGAGAGUCUUCACAGUGCGUAAGAUUCAAAAGCUGGGCUUCGAGUCCCCUCCUAAGCUGAGAGAGUAUUUCUCAUUAUGGGGACAGGUUACUAAUAUCCUGGUAUUGCAUCGACAAGCUCGAACGACCUCCUCUUGCUCUAGUGGUGAUAUGAGUAACGACAAGAACGUCCGAGUGAGGCCACCGAGUGUCGGCUUUGUGGUGAUGGAGGAUCCAGAGGUUGUCACUAGAAUUUUGGCUACUCCCCAGCAUACUAUAUGUGGUCAUUCCUGCGAGGUGCAGGUCUUUGAAAGGAAGCAUAAGCAUUCUACUGGUGGGGAGUCUUACUCAUUGUCGGAGACAAGCAUCAAGGAUGAUGAUGAGGACUUGCCAGCAUUCAUGCGUGAGCUUAGGAGUGGAUCUAUGGCUAUGGCAGAGAUUGACCUUUUGGGAAAGGAGAAAGGAGCAUAUGCUCUGAAAGGCCUCAGUAAAGAGGCUGCCCUUGAUGUUAAGCUCAGUGAGGCAGCGAGGGUAGUGAUGUCAAGUGAGCUGAAAGUAUCUGGUCCCCUCCUUUUGGGUCUCUCCCGUCUCCACAUGAUGAAAGUGGAAGUGGUGGAGAGCAUGGCCCAGGGCCUCAUUGGGAAGAUGCUUCGGAAUCCAGCAUCUGCUACUUGGGCAGCUGGUGGAGGAGCUCGUGGGAAGUCAUCAAAAAAGAGAGGGAGGGGUGGUGGACCUCCGGCAGAGUCGUUACCAGCUAUAUCGGAGGAAGCGGAUGGUUGGUCUGAAGCGGAGACUAUUGAUGCAUUACGAGAGAAUGCCCACUUAUUGUCACCAGCUCUGAAGGCUAUAAUGGAGCACAUGACCCCAUCUUCGAGAGGCGUGUCACCCUUCUCGCAUGCUAACACGCCUUUGGAUGACUUCAUAGCAGUCGCCAUGGGCAGUGCUCGAAGAGGGAACUGUCACAGGGUCGCCCUUCGAGUGCUUUCUCGAUGGGUGGGGGCCAUUCGGAAGGUCCUCAUUCGGGACAGAAGAGGGGGAGGAGAAGCAGCUCAUCAGAUAGAGGGGUCUUUGAUACUAUGCUGGAUGAUGGCGUCCAAGAUACUGCUCUCUACCGCUGCUCCACCGACGACUCGGCAGGUGGUGGCCCGAGUAGCUUCUAGACGCCGAAGACGGGUGACCAUCGGCAAUACGAGAGCUGAUCGAAAUAAAGGCGCCGAUAUUGGUGGAAUUUCACUGCUUCCAACUCGACAGAAAAGAAGUCAUCGGAAACGAAAUGGAGGGAUGCCUGAUUUAACACCGGAUGAUGUUGUGGGUUUUAUAGCCACCAGGUUACGGAGCAUUGAUGAAAUGCAUGAGGAGGACGAGGACCAAGGGAGUGUUAUCAUGCCUAUAGCAAGUCAAGAACUGGGUCAUACAUUCAGUCCUAUUGGAGUUGGGUCUGUCAGUGAGGUGAUGGACACAGUGAGCUUCAUGCCGCCCUUCACGCCGGAUAGAAGAGUCAGCUGCGUUGAGGAAAUGCAAGAUGAGCAAGAUUUACCACCGGGCAUACAAGAAAUAGGGACGCCAUUCUCUGAUAUUGGCAUGUGUGAUACUCUCGAUAUGGUUUGGAGUCCCGAGGGUGCGCCGACUCCUUCCCAGCGAAGCGCUUCCCCGGCAUCAGCGUGGACGGCAUCGAGUCGCGGGUUCUCUCGACCAUCUGCCUUGCGGAACGCAUUGGAAGUUUUCUGGGCUAAGGAGAACGAACCGACGCCCACUUUUCAAGGUCUCGUACGAGAGCAUCCAGUGAAAGCUUUCAUGGAACUUCAGAGGAAGGGCUGUGAAUCUUUCGGCUGCGCUAAGGUACAUCUGCCCGAUUCUGGUAGGCCGAUCAAGGGUCUGAUGGUAGUCAUACAUGGUCUUGGAGACACAGCACAAGGAUGGGAGAAUGCCGCGCGUAUCUGGUCUCGGCAGUUCCCAUCGACCCGAUUCAUUUUACCCACCGCGAAGGUUCAGCCAGUUACCGUCAAUAUGGGCGCUCCGAUGCCUUCUUGGUAUGACAUUCGAACGGUGGAUUCAUCAUCUAAACUGGAAGCCAGCGUGGAAGGGAUUGAAGAGUCGGCAGCGAGAAUCCAACAGAUCAUAUCAGAGCAGAUGGCAGAGACAGGCGUGGAAAAGAAAGAUAUUGUACUGGCUGGAUUCUCACAAGGUGCGGCGAUGUCCUAUUGGGUCGGCCUGCAGGACGAUGAGGGUUAUGCUGGUGUGGUUGCGAUGAGUGGAUACCUACCAAGGGCCCACAGUUUCAAUCUUUCUCCUUCGGCAAGGAAGUCAACCCCAGUCAUACAUUGUCAUGGUGACUCGGACAUGAUGGUCAACUCGAACACAGCUGUUGCUACUCUAAAUCAUCUACAGCAAGCUGGCCUUGAUGAUGUUACUUUGAUGAUAUAUCCUGGCAUGCAACAUUCGGUUUGCGGAGACGAGAUCCGACACAUCGCUGUGUGGUUGAAACUCAAAGCUAAGCUUGGCUUGCGAGGACGCGCAGUGUUCCUUAUUCACGGCCUCGGUGACACUGCGAAUGGCUGGCUCGAUGUAGCUCAUUACUGGUCUAAGAGUUUCCCUACUACUCGCUUCAUCCUCCCCACGGCUGAGUCGAUGCCGGUUACGCUCAACUACGGUGCUCCAAUGCCCUCUUGGUAUGACAUUGAAGCCCUGGGGGCAGACGCAAGCAAGGAGAAUAGCAAGGCGCGUGGUAUAGAGAAGUCUGCUGCUAGGAUAGAGGCUAUGGUAAAGAAGGAGAUGGAGGAGUCCGGUAUCGAUAAGAAGGACAUAGUGUUGUCGGGAUUCUCUCAAGGCGGCACGAUGUCCUAUUGGGUUGGACUGCAGCAGGGUGGCUACGGUGGUGUUGUCUCAAUGAGUGGCUGUGUUCUUCGACCUGAUGAGUUCCGGCUAGCGUCUGAUGCUGUUGAUACUCCUGUCAUCCAAUGCCACGGUACCAGCGAUCCAGUUAUCCUUCCUAAGUAUGCUCAGGAGACUAUAGACCAUCUUCGUGAACUCGGCGCAAAGAAUCUCACUCUAGUUUGGUAUCCCGGCAUGGAGCAUUCGGCCCGCGAGAAUGAGAUCGACGACAUUGCAUUGUGGCUGAAAUUGAAAGCUAAACUCGGCUGCCGAGAGAAAACGGAUGAUGAACUUGUCGGAGGUCUGCCCGUUAAGCAACUGAAGCAUGCUUUGCGGCUGUUCAAUGUGGACUCUACUAAAGGCGCUAACUGUGUUGAAAAGGCAGAAUUAUGCGAGGCCGUCUUGGACGCUAUGAAGACCCACUGA